UCCCCGUACAGUGACACGCAUCCACCGGUCAGAUCGCCUCAUUAUUUUCCGUCCCCACCCCAUCUGUAGCUGUCGGUGCCGGUUUAUGAUCUGCCGUUUGUUCGGUAACUUGUGUCAGAGCGUGCCGAGCUUGUUGAACCGGGCGUCGCUGAUGAUGAAGCCGCAGGUUGUGUUCGUGCUGGGCGGGCCUGGCGCCGGCAAAGGGACCCAGUGCUCCAAAAUCGUGGAGAAUUACAGCUACACCCAUUUGUCAGCUGGAGACCUGCUGAGGGAAGAGCGAGCAAGAGACAAGUCAGAUGUCGGACAGCUCAUCGCCAAUUUCAUCAAGGAGGGAAAAAUUGUCCCUGUGGAGAUCACCAUUAACUUACUUUGCAAGGCAAUGGAAGAGACGAUGCAGAAAGAUGAGAAGAAGUUCCGCUUCCUCAUAGACGGUUUCCCCCGCAAUGAGGACAACCUUGAGGGGUGGAACAGAGUCAUGGACGGCAAAGCAGAUGUUAAAUUUGUGCUUUUCUUUGACUGCAGCAACGAGGUUUGCAUCGACAGGUGUUUAGAGAGAGGGAAGGUCAGCGGACGCACAGAUGACAACAGAGAGAGCUUGGCGAAAAGAAUCCAAACCUACCUGCUUUCUACACGACCAAUCAUUGACCUGUAUGCAAAACAAGGCAAGGUGCGCACUAUAGACGCCUCUCGCUCUGUGGAUGAGGUGUUUGCUGAUGUCAAAGCCAUCCUAGACAAAGAGGACUGAGUUUCCCCAGCGGCCAACAACAUUCACUUACCUUUUUAAGUUUUCUUUUUAUCAACAGCGAGUACACUAUAUAAGUUUAUAUAUGUCCAUUCAUUUGACUUUUUACUUUUGGUUCAUUUGUUUUCCAUUUCUUUUGUAAAAUGCUGCACUGUUUGUUUGUAAUUGUGUGAACAAUGUAAGAUAUGAAUGAGAAGUAGAGUUGCAUAGCAGCUUCUUGUGAUUAACUAGUUCAUGCUCUGAGGAGCUCACCGCUCGUCUUUCAUCAUAGUAUGAGGCCUUUGCAUAGGAACACAACGUUUUGUUAACUUAGAUAGACACUUGCUUGUCAAUCAAAGACACGUCUAGUAGUGGAAAUCAAAAAUACAAAAACGUUAAAUAUCACUUAAGUCUUCAGAUUAUCAUGUCUUCGGAAGCAGUCAUAAUGCUUCAGACUAAAUAGUUUGACCUGAUGACGAUAGACCGAGAUUGAUUUAUGACUGACAGGAUAGUCAAUAGCCUCUGAAUAAAA